UCCUGGUUAUUUGCUCCUAGUAAAAACAAGUGUGUGGUCUAAUGUUCUGUUAUGUCUGGGAAACAGCUGAUGGGAGCCAACUUGAUACUUAUUGAAGAAGAAACUGCCAGAAAAAAACAACAACAAGCAAGGCUACUGAAGGUUUGUGUAUAUAAUGGCAGCUGUCACUAACACAUAUGAAAGUGUGAAAGCGACUAUCUUAUCAGCUCAUGAAAGCACCACAUCAGCAGAAAAGAUCAACUUCUACAACUCCUGGGCAGAGAACUAUGAUCAGGAUGUGGCUGUUCUGGACUACAGUGCACCAAGUCAUGCAGCAAACAGCGUCGCUUCCCAUUUCAGGGGUGAUCGUGGAGCAGCUGUAGUGUUGGAUGUGGCCUGUGGUACAGGACUGGUGGCCAAACAGAUGAGGAGACAUGGAUUUGGACAUUUUGUGGGUAUUGAUGGAAGCGAGGCUAUGUUGGAGUUGGCCAAAGAGACCGGGUUGUACCAGAACCUGAAGCAGUCCAUGCUGGGAGAGGAGCCGCUACCUGUCCAGUGGGCAGGUUUAUUUGAUGUGGUUGUGAUCGUUGGAGCGCUGAGUGACGGUCAGGUCCCAGUUUGUGCUGUCAGACAGUUGUGCAAGUCCACCAAACCAGGAGGCUACGUUUGCAUGACAACCAGAAGUAACCGUGACAAUGUGGAAUACAAAGCCGCCCUGGAGCAUGAGCUGAAGCAGAUGGAGGACGAAGGGCUCUGGUGUUGUGCAGAGGUCACUGAGGUGGAAGACUGGGAGAGAGCGGUGUCAGAGCAGGAGGAGGGCUACAUAACUGGUGUCGUGUACCUCUAUAAGAAACUAUAGCACAUUGCACGACAGUGUGGAUGUGACACCAGCAAAGGUACAAAACAACUCAAGAAGAUACAAAAUAUUUUAAUAAAUCACUAUACACUUCAAAAAGAAA